GUGAACUGCUGGAAAACUGACUGACAGAGAGAGAGAGAGAGAGAGAGAGAGGUUCCUGUCGUGGGUCGGUAUCGUCGCUGCAGCCUCUGCCCUCGUUUUAUGAGAAAAGCAGCGCAGCUCCCGUCGCUCCUCAGAGGUCUGUGGUGCUCCUCUUUAGAGUUUCCUGCUGUUACAUGGUAACACAGAGCUGAAAACAAGAGGGUGUUGAAGAUGGCAGUGUGGAUCCAGGCCCAGCAGCUCCAGGGAGAUGCUCUGCACCAGAUGCAGUCUCUCUAUGGUCAGCACUUCCCCAUCGAGGUGCGGCAUUAUCUGUCCCAGUGGAUAGAGGGCCAGCUCUGGGAUGUCAUAGACCUGGAGAACCCGCAGGAGGAGUUAAAGGCCAAGCGCCUGCUGGACAGUCUUAUACAGGAGCUGCAGAACAAGGCUGAACACCAGGUGGGAGAAGAUGGCUUCCUCCUCAAAAUCAAACUGGGACACUACGCCAACCAGCUCAAGAGCACGUAUGACCGCUGUCCUCUGGAGUUGGUCCGAUGCAUCAAACACAUCCUCUACACGGAGCAGAGGCUCGUCAGAGAGGCCACGAACUCGAGCUCUCCGGUGGGCGGGAUGAUGGACAGCAUGUCUCAGAAAUACCAGCAGAUAAACCAGGCCUUUGAGGAGCUUCGUCUGAUGACCCAGGACACGGAGAAUGAUCUGCGCAAGCUCCAGCACAACCAAGAGUAUUUCAUCAUCCAGUAUCAGGAGAGCCUCCGCAUUCAGGCUCAGCUGACUAGCCUGGCCACACUGCCCCCUGCUGACCGACAGCUACGGGAGCCCGCCCUCCUCAGCAAGAGAGCCACUGUGGAGGCAUGGCUGACCAGAGAAGCCAACACACUACAGAAGUACAGACUGGACCUUGCAGAGAAGCACCAGAAAACGCUGCAGCUGUUGAGGAAGCAACAGACCAUCAUUCUGGAUGACGAGCUAAUCCAGUGGAAGAGACGGCAACAGCUGGCAGGCAACGGGGGUCCGCCGGAGGGAGGCCUGGACAUCCUGCAGUCCUGGUGUGAGAAGCUGGCAGAAACUAUCUGGCAGAACAGGCAGCAGAUUCGGAGAGCAGAGCACCUCAGACAACAACUACCAAUUCCUGGCCCCAUUGAAGAGCUGCUCAACGAACUCAACAGCACUAUCACAGAUAUCAUUUCAGCAUUGGUCACCAGCACCUUCAUUAUCGAGAAACAGCCUCCACAGGUGUUAAAAACCCAAACUAAGUUUGCCGCUACAGUACGACUCUUGGUGGGGGGGAAGUUGAACGUGCACAUGAACCCUCCACAGGUCAAGGCCACCAUCAUCAGUGAACAGCAAGCCAAGGCCCUGCUGAAGAACGAGAACACAAGGAAUGACAGCAGCGGGGAGAUUCUCAACAAUAACUGUGUGAUGGAGUACCAUCAGACCACCGGCACUCUCAGUGCCCACUUCAGGAACAUGUCUUUAAAGAGGAUCAAGCGAUCAGACAGGCGAGGGGCAGAAUCUGUCACAGAGGAGAAGUUCACCAUCCUGUUCGAGUCCCAGUUUAGUGUUGGAGGCAAUGAGCUUGUCUUUCAAGUGAAGACGUUAUCACUUCCUGUGGUGGUGAUAGUUCACGGUAGCCAAGACAAUAAUGCCACGGCAACAGUGUUGUGGGACAAUGCUUUUGCAGAGCCGGGAAGGGUGCCUUUCCUUGUGCCAGACAAGGUGCUCUGGCCUCAGCUGUGUGAUGCCAUCAACAUGAAGUACAAGGCUGAGGUGCAGAGCAACCGAGGCCUGUCCGAGGAGAACCUGGUCUUCCUGGCUCAGAAGGCCUUCAGCAGCUCGAGCAACAACCCCGAUGACUACCGCAGCAUAACCAUGACCUGGUCACAGUUUAACAGGGAAAGCUUGCCAGGGAGGAACUUCACAUUUUGGCAGUGGUUUGAUGGUGUGAUGGAACUCACAAAAAAGCAUCUUAAACCACACUGGAAUGACGGGGCCAUCUUGGGCUUCGUGAACAAGCAGCAGGCUCAGGAUAUGCUGAUGUCCAAACCCAACGGUACUUUCCUUCUGCGCUUUAGUGACUCUGAGAUCGGAGGAAUUACAAUAGCCUGGGUGGCAGAAAAUCCUAAUAAAGCAGGUGAGAGAAUGGUUUGGAACCUCAUGCCCUACACAACCAAAGACUUCUCCAUUCGCUCUCUGGCGGACCGCAUCAGCGAUCUCAAUCACCUCCUGUUCCUCUACCCCGACAGACCUAAGGAUGAGGUGUUCUCCAAAUAUUACACCCCACCCCUCUCCAAAGCAGUGGACGGCUACGUGAAGCCGCAGAUCAAACAAGUGGUGCCCGAGUUUGCAACAGCCAAUCCAGACCCAGCAAUUGGGAACCAAACCUACAUGGAUCACGGUGCAUCGCCAGCACCUGUCAGUCACCCUCACACCUAUGGCAUAUACCCACCUAUGAGCGACUCUAUGCUGGACGCGGACGGAGACUUCGACCUGGACGACACCAUGGAUGUGGCGAGACACGUGGAGGAGCUGCUCCGGCGGCCCGUAGAGAGCCAGUGGGGCGGCCAACAGUCAUGACCCUCGGACCUUUUUAACCUGCGACAACACCAAACGAACCCUGCCUCCCAACUUGCCCCACUCGCAUUGACAUCUCUCAUGGUUUAAUUCCAUCCACUGCUCUUUUGUUUCUGAUAGCUAUAAUGUGAAAUGUUAAUAAUGGUUGUGAUCUAUUUUUUUUUCUCUUUUCAGCAUGAGAGCAUGCACGUCAGUGACUUAUCUUAGUUUUAUUUGUGUCCGUUAGUGUUUGUAAAACAGACUAGGUAUAAAUGCAAAACCUACAAUGUUACAAUAUUGUGAAAACAGAAAAAGAAGAAAUAAUGUUCAUUCACAUUGUGCAUGCAUUUCCAGUUGAUUUUGAACAGAUUUAAACAAUAUGCUACUGUAUGAAGUCAUUUUAACAGCUGAAUGUUUUUAUUUUGUUAUAUUUUCUUCUUUGUAAAUGGGUUAUCAGUAUUUUGAUAGUGACAAGGAACUUGCCCUUUGACAAAAAAGAAACUAGUGAAGAAGUUUCACUCUAAACAACAUGAUCUGAGUCACUGCUCUGCAGAGUUAGUCAGUUUUUCAAAUCUGUAUGCACUAACCUAAAGGCAGAGUCACUCUCAUAGCGACUGACAGCACACACAUCAGCAUAGCAUGGUGUGCACACACAUACACAUACACAUGGGUUGAGUGUAUAAUGUGUUUUUUGUUCUGAUUUCUUCACCAGCUGAAAUGCAGGAGGGAGGUUUACGCUCCUCCCUCGCUCUCACAGGGCUAUCUAUCUUCUGUUUGUACACAGAAAUGCAAAUUGAAGCAUUUACCCGCCGCUGCCUGCUCGUCCUCUCAGGUCCCUCUGUUCCUCUCAUCAAUGCUACCUCGCAUCACUCUACUGACAGUCGUUGUUACUUUCCGUUGUUGUUUCUGCACCACAUCCACACCAGCAGGUACGGUCAUUGGUUUUUUUUUUUUGAUUUUGUCAUUUGAAUUGGCUUGCGUGAAGACGUUCCCUCGCUGACUGUUGGCUGGUUGUUGUUUUAUUUGGUUUUGUUUUUAUGCUUGAAACCACUUACCUGAAGAAAGUGUCAUGUCCGGUCGGCAUGUUUGACUACCAGGAGGCAGUGCUGCUCCCUUCUGACUUCUCUGCCUCUCCGUCCGCUUGGUCCUGUAGUUCCACGUCUCUGUGCGGCCUCUGCCGCCAGCAGCUGAAGACGCGAGGCAUAGAUAGAUGGAUGGGCACAGGCUUUGGAUGCUUGCACACUCUCACCAGGCCACAUUUAGAACACGAGCCUGUCCAGUUGAGUCAGUCUGCCUCUUCGUCUGGCUUUUGUUUUUCGAGAUUUCCAGAUCAGUUUUCAUUGUGCAUCACCUGUUUGUGCUACACACUAAAGAUAACAAGUAAAUUAGUGUGGUAGAGAAUGCUGAGACUAUUACCCCACUGCCUCCACUUGAUACAAACAUAUUCACACACAGAACACUCACUAGAUUACGUGUCAUUGAUAAAAGCCUUGCACCUCAGGAAUAAAUCGCUUUGCUCAGCUGAUGUAUAAGCCAAAUAGAAAAAGAUCUAUGUGCACAGAAUAUAUGAAUUUAUUUUCUCUUUCAUAAUUCUAUGUUAUUAUUGUUUCUCUGGCACUGCCCUUAUGAAUGUAACCCCUUUGCAUGACCCUGCUGAGGAUUUACAUACAAACAACCCCCCCCCCCUCCGUCUGAGCAGAAGUUCCGUGUUGCCAGAAGUACCAGUUGAAAACAGGACAAAGAGCAACUGGAAAUUUGAGAAGAAUUGACGACGUACUUUGUUUUUGUCCGACAGACAUUACAUCACAGUAUUUAAAGAUAUUCCCUCAUGCUAUUUCUUUUUCUAUCUCCUCCUCUGUUUUUCAAAUCUCAGCCUGCACAGGCCGUCUCGUGAUAUAUCCUUAUUACCAUAAUUCGUCAUUCAUUUUUUUCUUUCGAGCUUUGUUCCACUAUAGACUGUGUACUUUUUCAAUGACGUAGAUGGCGCUGUGUGCUGUUUGAUGUAUGUACCAUGUUUCGUGGGUCGGGUUUAUCACUUGGAGGUUUUCCAAGAGAAACAGCUGUUGAGUUGAAAAAGAAGAAAAUAAAGUUUUAUAAAUAAUUUCAACAAAGCCUGUAGAAGUACGGACGAUCUUGAUGUCACUACAAAAUAAAUGCUUUUUUUAUGUGUGCAGUCACCAUC